GUUCGAAACAGUUAAAUAAAAUUAACUCGUCGCAGCCGUUAAAAGUACUUGGUCAAAUAAUAAACAAAAUGUAUAUUGAAUAAAAACAAAACUAGCUCACACAGGUACACAAUGUUAACAUAUCAAAGAAAGAGCAAUGCUCUUAUGAAAUGCAGCACUAGAGUGCAAAAACAAGACGACUCUGAUGAAGAGCGCGAGUUAACAAAUCUCAACUGGCUCUUGCGAAAUCAAAACUUAACAUGGCCGAAAACAAUUGACACAAUCACCGAGGACGAUUUUAAUACAAAUGCGAAUUCGAAAGCAAUAACACAAGGGAUACAUUUCCGAACUCAAAAUGAACAAAUUAAACAGAUUUACUUCGAAGAGAACUCGCUAAAAAAAAAACCUGUCUCUAAGUCGAAUAUACUUUCCGAGUUCAAAAUGCUACCACCCUCACCAUUACCGAAGCGCCCUACUCCAGCAGAGCGAUAUGAAAUCUUUAUUAACAAAAUUAAACGAGAUUUGUCAGAAUAUGAAAAGUUUGCAUCAAAGUAUGAAACAGACGUGACGGAAAAGCCACCAUUCAACUAUUCACAUAUAAUUGGAAUGGCAAUGCUAGUAAAUGGACGGGUCACUUUGCAGCAAAUAUGUGCAUGGAUUGAAUCCAAGUUUGCAUUUUUUCGAGUGCGAAAAAGGUGGAAUAACUCGAUUCGGCACAACUUGUCGCUUCACCACUGCUUUCGUAAUCGAAAACGAGAGGAGAAAGGGAAAGGUGGUUACUGGGAACUGGGAGUGGACCCAAAAAAAUGUGAAAGGAAGCGCAUACGAAAUCGAAAGUUGUCACAUAAAAAAAUAAAUCAAACUCCAAAAAGAAGCUGGGCGCACUGGAAUAACCCUCACCCCAAUAUUCAAAGCGUUUCGGGCGAAUAUACUCAACUGGAACCAAUACAGCAUGGGGAAUCCAUUCAAAAUACUUACAGAAGAAGUUGUAAAAUGCCUCAACCAAAUGCCUUAACAGAAAUGAAGGAACCGAAGAAUCUUGGGUCGUCAUCUUUUACACUGACCGAAGUAGGCCUUUCGUUAUCUACUGGUCCUAUUUCUCAUGUGGAUGAUAUGGUUACUACCUCAUUUCGAUCUAAUAUGGUCCCAAUGACAACCAUUGCUGACGAAGACAUUUGUCAGCAACAAUUUGAGCUUGGCACAAUUAUUAUUAGCACUACGGAAAUUAUCGACGAGUCAAAUGGUUUGAAUUGCCUUAUAACUGACAAAUUAGGAAGUACUAGCAUGUCUCUAUUUCAUCAGAUAUACAGUGAGGACGACAUUCCCACGUUUAAUGAAAGCGUAAACAUUGCGUCUAAUAUAACACCAGUGCUUGCUUCCACAUCAGCAAAUUUAGAUGUUCAUGAGGAACUAGAUGGAACUUUAAUAACAUCUGAUAUCUGUAGUCCUGUACAUCCAAGUAGCAUUACUAUAAAUUACGACUACACAAAUUUUCGACCCCUAAUGGAUAGCAUUGAUGAGCCGUUUCAUUACCUGCCUAUCACCGCUGAGUUCGGACGCAGCGAUGAUAUUUUAGAUAACCUUCUUGACGUUUGUGUAACACACUAUUAAAACUAUGCUAAUACGCAACACUUACUCAUAUACCGUAUUACCGUACACACCCGACUUCGGCGUCGUUCAUUUUGUAAAUGAAUGUAAUAAAUUUUAAAAAUUGCAACAGCU